AUGUCAUGGCCUACCAUACUUUUCCUGGCUGUAUACCUCCUCACUACAGCUCUCUGUGUAUAUGCUGUUGCUAGGGGUUAUGCUGAUGCUAAGAAGUGCAGCACUGAGAGGAUCAUCCACAGCUUUGGUGAAGUUCCUAGCGAUUGGAAAGCCUUCAUUAGACCUAAAUCUCUCCGGUCUAAUUUCGUGUCAAUAAUGAUCCUAGCUGUAACUGUGGUACCUCUCAAGUUCAUUGCCGUUAUUUUCAUCCACGUGGUUGCCCUUAUCGGUCUCUAUACCCUCCCUACCCGAAUUUUCCUCAAGCUGCUCAGCUACUGCUGUGCCGCGCUGGUCAAGAUAACGGGUAUCACUGUGAGAGAGGAGGGCACGAGGCUUCCAGCCAACGAGGUCCCUACCAUUGUUUCUAAUCAUGUAUCAUAUUUCGAUAUACUAAUCAUGCUCUCUCGUAGAGUUCCAGUGGCAUUCGUCGCCAAGAAGGCCGUAGCAAAAUACCCCGUCUCGGGCGAUAUAUGCACCUCAUUAGGCAGCGUGUACGUGAGUAGAGCUAAGGAUCCCAAAGAGAGGGAACGAGUGAUGGCUGCUAUUGGUGACAAGCAAACUCGUGUUAUGGAGGGCAGGUCUCGUUAUCAAUUGUGUGUAUUUCCCGAAGGAACUACCUCUAAUGGUACCUCCCUGAUGCAUUAUCAUGAUGGUGCCUUUCAUAGCAUGUUGCCGGUACAACCGCUGUACAUAGAGUAUUCCAACCUUAAUCUCAGCUUCACCUGCUUGGGCAUUAUCCCGCAUGCAUUCUUGGUCCUGGCUCUUCCACCAUGGUUGUCUCUGACCUGUACCCUCCACUGGCUACCUAAGGUCACCCCCGAUCCCAACUCCUCUGUGGGUGCGUAUGCUGAGAAGACCAGACACGCAGUAGCGGCUGCAGGGAACCUCCGUCUUGAUGACAAAGCUAGCUAUAGAAGCCACAUGGAGUUGGAGAAGUUUUUCUUUGGUGACAGUGAAAAACUUGUCACCCGGAAAAUUCACGAUAUUGCCGAGGGCGCUAAAGCGAGUAGAAAUCAUUCGAAAGUGCCUGAUAUGCUGUCUCUUCGGCCUACUUUGCGUGUACCAGGACUGGGGAGGAUCCUGCAGGCGGCGUCCUUCAGCCGUGUGCCUGCUAGUCGCGUUUUGCAGGAGGCUGAAAAUAGAUUUCGCGUUUCCAACGACAUAGAUGUUCGAGAGCUCGGGGAUUCCGUAUGGAGCUUCCUACACUACCCAGGAGACCUUCUAGUCAUGCAGGGGCACGGCAUAACACCAGUGUCUACGGUCCUCAAGUCGAUAGCUCAUGCCAGCCGCAUUAGAGACCGGCCCAUCGAUGUGGUCGUUACGGGAGCACCCGCGGACAGUGAAGGGGCGUUCGGUGGCCGUAGUAGAGAGCUGUGGAUAGCUGCAAUAAAACCCGAGGAGGAAGCUGCUCAUAAUGUGUUGAUACCCAAAGAGCCCAUCAGAGUCGGUGCCAAGACCCAACCGAGCAGUUUGGCUGGUUUCGUUUCCCAUAGGCUCAAGGAGGAGGGCGUUGCACUUCUGCAAGGUUCUAGUGCGGUGACUAUUGCCAAGAUGGCUGAUGCCAUUGCCCUAGCUGGAGCACACUUCGACGGCGAGGAAGGCCGCUCACUAGGCCAUCUGGUCUGUCGGCUGCGCACCAUCGUAGUAGAAGCCGACGCUACAGCUACUCCAGAGAAGGAGGUUGUGGACCAUGCGAGCGAGGAUGGCAGUGACCAUGGCGAGUCGACCUCAUCACGGCCCAACCGCAUUAGAGUCAUGCAAAUACUAGUGCGCCUGAAGGAGGGGCCCGUUGGAGGUUGUCUACCAGCAGAGGCCCAGACCGGCGGCGGCAGCGAGGAGGAAGGGGCUGAGGUUACGAUAGACAGCAUCGAUAAGGCUGAGGGGGAUGAUGAUACCGUCACGAGAAUGCUUUCGGUCUACGCGAGGCUCUUCUUGCCACACUGCCGUACGUGCCGUUGUUCUCGGGGGUUCCGCACUCUCGCGACUAAGGAGAUGCAACAGGCCGAGGACCGUCUAAGAGUCACCUCAUCUGCCGAUCCCAUCGACUUGGCACCGUUCAUCCGACAGAGACUUGGGACCCCCAACAGGCCCAACAUGGUGGUGCUGCAGGCGCUGGGGGCGAACGCUGUUGGGCGAGCUCUGAGGUCAGUGGCUUAUGCGGCAUCUCGGAAGGGCCAAAACAUUCCUCUGGAGGUCACACUCACUGGUCCGCCAGAUGACGGUAUCCCAGACCGAGGUGGCGGUGAUUUGUGGAUAGCGGUAUCUAGACAAGGCUUUCGGCAGAGACUGCGGGAGAGUCAGGACAGCCCUACAGAGAUACAGGACGUUAUCGUCGGCCAUUCUACGCCGGCACACAAGAUGGCUGGGGUCAUCACCAACGCUCUGCUACAGGGAAAGACGGUCCGAAUGGCGGGUUUCAGUGCUGCUGGUAUAAUUAAGAUAGCCAAUGCCAUCACGAUAUCGAGUCAUCACUGUGAGACCUUUGAUGAUGUGGAGGAACGCGGAAGGAUAGUCACGAGCGUCCGGACGUCCUUGCGGGCCGUCAACGCUCGAGGGACUCCAUCAGACCAUAAUGAUGAGCAGCACCAUGAUGAAUCGACCGAGGGGGAUCAGCACGAAACCACUGUGAGCGCGGAUGCUAGUGGGGAUGUGAUCGCCGAGCCUAAUGGUGAUGAUGCUGGCCACAAAGUCCUCAUAACUGCGGUUGAAUUUACUUGUAAUCUCGUCAAAAACAAUGCCGAUAGUUGA